AGUUCAAAAUGCAAACUCAAAUUGCAUGUGAUACUUAAAACCCGUUGCUCAAUAAAUAAAAUGAAAAAUAUUAUUUCAUGUGCAAUCAGGCUAUGCAUUUACACCAACAACAUUAAGUUGUAAUAGAAAAACGUUAUAUUUUUUGUUUUAUUUUACUUUCCGUUUCUUUUAUAUUGUUGCAACUUGUGUAUUUUUGUGCAAUUAAUGUGUAGCAGAUUUUUUUUUUAUUUGCUUCCAAAUUUACACACUGGAAAUGCGUUGAAAAACAUGAAAUGUAAAAUGUUGUGUGCGUAUUUUUAGCACAUUUACACUACGAGCGAUUUUAUUUUAUUUUAUAUUGCAAUUGCAUGCGGGUGCAAGUGCCCAUACACAAUAAGCAAAACACAACACUUUGUGACUAGCCACCGGCAAAUAGGCGUUUACGCGCGAGAAUACUAGUACGCUGCUAUGCGUCCGACCAUCGUAUGCAAACGUAAACAACAGAAUGUGUACUGAGUCGGAGUGCCUGCGAUAACCGUCAGUUUUGAUCUCGCUUGGCCGGAACGAAUGUGAACAACGUUAUCGACGGAGCGCUGGUAUUGUUGUUUUGGUAGCUAUUGUUGCUGCUGUGGACCUGGCAGUGCAACGGCAAUGAACAGUGUUUUCGUGGUUGCCAUUCGAGUGGAAAAUAUGCAAGUGCUUGUGUAAAUAAACAAUUUGUCAAUUCAUUCAACUCAUUAAUAAAUAAACUUUAACACUAUAUUAAUGUUUGACUAUUAAAUACAUAAUGAAAAAAUACAACAACUCAAUUAAAUUGAAAUUACUUUUCUUUUAAACACUUUUUCAUACUAAAAUUACCAAAAAAUUGCUGAAACACAAUUUGAAAGUGUAAUGUGAAUAAUACUUUUAUUAAAUUUGGUAAUGGUAAAUCAGCACUUUGGCAAAAUAAUCUUAUAAGUUCGAAAAUUCGAAGUCGCACAUGGCAACCUUAUUCACUGUACUUCGAAUUUUAAUUAUUCCUGAAUUGUUGUGUUUGGUGAAAAUAUCGAAAAGCAUUUGGAGUAUUUUUUACAAUUUUCACGUUGAAAUAAAUGCUAAGAAAGUGCUCAAAUAGAUUUUGUUAUGACAUCGAUGGAACCUGCACAGAAUAAAACAUGGGAUUUAUCUUUGUAUGAGCUGCAACGUAAUCCGCAGGAAAUCAUCACUGACAAUACUGAGAUUGCAGUCUCACCUAGAAGUCUGCACAGCGAAUUGAUGUGUCCUAUUUGUUUGGAUAUGCUAAAAAAGACGAUGACAACCAAGGAGUGUUUACAUCGCUUCUGCUCUGAUUGUAUUAUCACCGCUUUGCGGUCGGGCAACAAAGAAUGCCCAACUUGCCGCAAAAAACUUGUCUCGAAGCGUUCACUACGGCCUGACCCAAAUUUUGAUCUUUUAAUAUCGAAAAUAUAUCCCAGUCGUGAAGAGUAUGAAGCCAUACAAGAGAAGGUCAUGGCAAAAUUUAACCAAACUCAAUCUCAACAGGCAUUAGUUAACUCGAUAAAUGAAGGCAUUAAGUUACAAUCUCAAAAUCGACCACAACGUUUUCGUGCUAAAGGCUGUGGUGGUCGUAAUGGCGGCGGAAAUGGUAACGGAAAUCACAAUUCUGCCAAUGCGAACAACUCUAAUAAUGAAAGUGCUACAAAUGGUAAUGAUAGUGAUAACAGGGAAAGUGGUAAUGCACCACAACCUACAGCUGCUGCACCUUCAACACAUUCUAGCACUUCGGCGGCAGCCGCAUCAGCGUCGGGUAGCAGUGCCAGUACUAGUCGAAUGCAACAUGAUGACGGUGGCUCUAAUCCACCGUCCAUGCGCAGUACACCAUCACCGGUACCAUCGAACUCGAGCAGUUCGAAACCGAAGCGUGCAAUGUCGGUAUUGACGUCGGAAAGAUCUGAGGAGUCAGAAUCUGACUCACAGAUGGAUUGUCGCACCGAAGGCGACUCUAAUAUUGAUACAGAGGGUGAAGGUACCGGCGAACUGGGCAUAAAUGAUGAAAUAGAAUUGGUAUUUAAACCACAUCCGACUGAAAUGGCUGGUGAUAAUCAGCUAAUGAAAGCUUUAAAAGAAAACUGCAUACGCUAUAUAAAAACCACAGCCAACGCUACAGUGGACCAUUUGAGUCAGUAUUUAGCCAUGCGUCUGACACUGGACUUGGGCGCAGAACUACCAGAAGCUUAUCGUAUGCUGAAUUUUUGUAUUUACAUAGCUCCGCAACCCCAGCAACUGGUCAUGUUAAAUGGUAAUCAGACGUUACAUCAAGUAAAUGACAAGUUCUGGAAGGUUAAUAAACCAAUGGAGAUGUAUUACUCGUGGAAGAAAUCCUAAGUUGGUGUAUAUUUAAAAGCUUACACUUAUGCUAGGACAACGACUUCUGAAGAAAAGCGGCAUUAUAUCCGAUUUUAUUAAUUUCAGCAUUUUGAGUUUACAUUUGAAAAGGAAUAUUAUAACAAGGGCGUGCCUAAAGCAUGAGCCUUGUUUACUAAUAUAAUAGUAUAUGUAUGAUUGUAAAACUAAAUUAAUUAAUUAAACGGCGUGAGUUGUGUGCAAAAAAA